GUGAAAGUUUACAAUACAAAAGAGAGAUAUCACUUUGAGAGAAAAGUUAAGAGAAAACAUUCAGCUUUUUGGGCAUAGGGGAAGCGAUCGAUUCACGUGUAUUGUGUCGUGUAUUGUGUAUACCAGUACACCUGAGCAGGCAGGUAAUGAUUCGCCAUUAAAUCGCCGGCGAUCAAAUGGACGUCGAGCGAUCGUCCCUUUGCAAUUGCGUUGUAAAUUUCCUGUUGGAAGAGAACUACCUUUUAACGGCAUUUGAGCUCCUGCACGAGCUUCUCGACGAUGGCCGUGACAACCAGGCCAUUCGCCUCAAGGAAUUCUUUGCCAAUCCAGUUCAGUUCCCUCCUGAUCAGAUCUCUCGAUUAAACUCUCUUCAAGUUGCUGACCCCCAGACUCUUCUAGAAGAACGAGAAUUAGUAGAAGAAAAAUUGGCGCUUGCUGAGUAUGAACUUCGUUUAGCCCACGAAGACAUCGCUAAGCUUAAGGAUGAUUUGCAGAGGAGAGAUCAGACUGUCCUUAACCAAAAUGAUGAGUCAAAGGAACAUGUAUACGAAAAAAUGGAAACUGAAUUUCAGCAGCAGAAAAAGGAAGCAUUUUUGUCUGAUUUGGGCCCUUUGAAGGAGAAUGAGCGCAAAGAUCUCAACUAUGCUGUGAAGGAGUAUUUGUUGAUGGCAGGAUAUCGUUUAACUGCUAUGACAUUCUAUGAAGAGGUGACAGACCAGAGCUCAGAUGGUUGGCAGAACUCUUCUUCAUAUGUCCCAGAUGCUUUGCGCCAUUACUACUGCCAGUAUCUGUCAACCUCCACUGAAGGUGCUGAGGAGAAAAUAACUAUGCUUAGAGAAAAGGAAUCGUUGAUCAAGGAAAAUGAAAGGCUGAUGCAUGAAAAUCAGGCCUUGUUCAAGAGUAAGGAAAAGACUGAUGCCCGUGUCAUCUCAUUGACGAAGUCCUUGGAGGCCCUGCAGAAGGAUAUUAAGGACAAGGAGAUCCUGGUCCAUGACUUGAAGCAGUCUCUGGAUGGACAAAUCAAAGAACUGAACAACUUUAGAGCAGAAAUAACAUCACUUAAAAUGCAGAUAGAGGAAGCGCAUUCUCAACGGAAUUUAUUUGGCGGUACUGAACUCUUAGAAUUCCCUUCUGGUGAUGGAUGUACUGAUGAAAUGAUGUUUCUAGUGAAUGGCAUUGAAAGCCUGAAAGAUGCAAAAAAAUCUGCUGAUAAUGAGUUUCCAGAAGCCAGUCACAAGGAGAGAAAUCACAAGGAAAAAGAUGUUGUUGGAGAGUCACAUGAUAAUGGUAUCCCAGAUUGUACGAAUGAUCUCUCAUUUGGUGGAUUGAGAACUCAAGAUUCUGAUCAGAUGAUAGACCAAACCUCUGGUUCUCUCAAGAGACCUGAAGAACUAUUAGUGGCUUCAGAUGAUAAUAGUUUUCCUGAACAAACUGAAAAUUUCAACAGUGAACUACCCACAGAGGCAUAUUCACCAAUGAAACCGCACAAUCUUAUGGCUGAACCCAUUUCAGAGACGAUGGGUUUAGGGACGAUACAGAUAGUGUCAGAUUCAUUGCCUAAAAUUGUACCUUAUGUUUUGAUAAAUCAUCGGGAGGAACUACUUCCGUUAAUAAUGUGUGCAAUUGAGCGGCAUCCAGAAAGCAGCACUCGAGAUUAUUUGACUCACACAUUAUUCAACUUAAUCAAACGUCCAGAUGAGCAGCAGAGGCGGAUUAUAAUGGAUGCUUGUGUUACUUUAGCAAGAAAUGUCGGAGAGAUGAGAACAGAAACAGAACUACUUCCUCAAUGUUGGGAACAAAUAAAUCACAUGUAUGAGGAGCGUAGGUUGCUGGUUGCUCAAUCAUGUGGAGAGCUUGCUGAAUUUGUUCGGCCAGAGAUUCGUGAUUCUCUUAUCUUAUCUAUUGUUCAACAGCUGAUUGAGGAUUCUGCAACGGUUGUUCGUGAGGCGGCUGCUGAUAACCUUGCUUUGCUGAUACAUCACAUUCCAAAUACGGAUAAAUAUUUCAAGGUCAGCCUCACUACAUAUGCUUCGAGGCAAUCAUGGAGAAGAAAUCUGACUUUUCAGAAUGUCCCACAAUGUUGAGGAGAUGAUGUUCCAAUUAGCAUGUGAUCCAUCUGGAGUCGUCGUAGAAACAACCAUGAAAAGACUAGUUCCAGCUCUGGUAACUUGGGGAAACAAUUUGGAUCAUAUUUUACAGCUUCUGCUCUCUCAUAUCUUGGGAUCAGUUCAGCGAUGUCCCCCACUUUCAGGCGUAGAAGGCUCCAUUGAAUCACAUCUUCGUGUUUUAGGUGGUAGAGAGCACUGGAAUGUUGACGUCCUGCUGAGAUUGCUGGUAGAGCUGCUUCCACGUGUCCACCAAAAAGCUAUUAGAACAUGUCCUUUCCCUUCAGUCACAGACUCUGNCUUC